GUGAGCUGGCCUGAGGGAGACACUGGUCCCUUUUAGAGAGGACAGAGUCAGAAUGGCAUGUUCUAAAAGGGCAGCGUUGAUAGCUGAAACUAGGUGUGCCUCCGGCUGGGACUGCGGGCACCAGCGGAGCAUCGGGAAGGAGAGGGCCAAGGGAAGGCCGGUGGAUCUGACGGGAAGACAAGUCCAGCUAGGGACGUGGCCGGUGGUGCAUACAACCCAGAAGCAAAAGGCGGGGCGCCUGGGCAGCAUGCUCGAGAGGAGCUCUGCACGGGCACUUGGAUGUGGUGCCGGACCUGGCAGGGGACGUGGCCGCACGCCAUGACCAUUAUCCACUGUCUGAACAGAAGCUAUGCCCUGGAACGUGUGAGGCCCUGCCUCGGCCUCCCCAGUGCUGGGAUUGAAGGCUCGCAGUAACCAGGGUCUGCUGGGCCCAGCCAUCUGGACAAGAGCCAAGAAGCCAAAGUCUGUCGAAGCCACGGUCUCCGCUCUUCCGCUGACACCAGCGACCACCCAGCCCAGCCUAGCCACAUGGCCUCCUGCUUGCCUGAUGUAUGAGACAGCCCUCCAGCCUCUACAGAAUGGCACCCCUUCCCGUCCCCGAAGCUUGCUGAAUCUUUCCACGGCCUCCUCCAUCACUUCCACGACGACAACUUGAGCCGCACGCAGACUGGCUUUUGGAAGCAUAGUGCUGCACUCUUCCUUUGUGCUCCACACCUUCAGCCCACAGCUACCGCUCUGCCCCUUCGAACAGGCCGCAGGGGGCAGAAGGAAAGGCUGGCGUGGAGGCUGUACUCAGAGACCGUAAUCGACUGGACAACCGUCUCUCAGACACUCUGCCCUUGAAGCUUCUGUUUGGCAAAUGAGGCAAAGCUGGAAGAGCUCGGUGUCCCUGCUGUGUCCCUGUGGUCUUACCUGAGUGGGAGCAUCAGUGUUCUGGAGCAGCAAACUGGAUGAGGCUCAGAGUGUUCUCUGUCUAAUCUAGAAACUCCCCUGAAGAAUUAUCCAGAGUUCUCUUUCCAGUGUUGGUUCUGGUCCAGUCAAGCUGACAAUAGUAACUGUCACAAUUACUAGCCUCCUGUGGGCACCUAAGGACCAGAUCCACCCCUGGGGACCCGGGUGCUGCCCGGUGCAGCUAGUGGGGCCCUUGGCCAUGGCCAGCACAGCGGUCCAGCUCCUGGGCUUCCUGCUUAGCUUCCUGGGCAUGGUGGGAACGCUCAUCACCACGAUCCUGCCGCACUGGCGGAGGACCGCCCACGUGGGCACCAACAUCCUGACGGCUGUGUCCUACCUCAAGGGGCUGUGGAUGGAGUGCGUGUGGCACAGCACAGGCAUCUACCAGUGCCAGAUCUACCGCUCGCUGCUGGCGCUGCCCCGGGACCUGCAGGCGGCCCGCGCACUCAUGGUCAUCUCCUGCCUGCUGUCGGGCAUGGCCUGCGCCUGCGCCGUAGUGGGCAUGAAGUGCACGCGCUGUGCCAAGGGCACACCCGCCAAGACCACCUUCGCGGUGCUGGGGGGCGUGCUCUUCCUGCUGGCCGGCCUGCUGUGCAUGGUGGCCGUGUCCUGGACCACGAACGACGUGGUGCAGAGCUUCUACAACCCGCUGCUGCCCAGUGGCAUGAAGUUUGAGAUCGGCCAGGCCCUGUACCUGGGCUUCAUCUCCUCGUCCCUGUCUCUCAUCGGGGGCACCCUGCUCUGCUUGUCCUGCCAGGACGAGGGCCCCUACAGACCCUACCAGGCCCAGUCCAGGGCAGGGGCCGCCACCACAGCCACCGCCCCCGCCUACUGCCCACCAGCAGCUUACAAGGACAACCGUGCCCCCUCCGUGACCUCAGCCUCGCACAGCGGGUACAGGUUGAAUGACUAUGUGUGAGUUCCUUCCCCAGGCCUCUGCCAGGGCUGCUGGGCCCUAAGGGACUGAUGACGGAUGCAGGAAGGCUGCAGGGACCCACGUGAAUGUGGGGGAGUGAGCCUGAAACACAGGAAGAAGGGCGCUCUUCAAAGCAAAGACUUCUGAAAAGUGCUGUUUUUGUAUUUAUUCUGUGUAUUUUUGCGGGAAGUUUAAUACGAGCGCAAUAAAGUGACUGGAAGCUA